UUUGCGCAUAUCCCUGGUUAAAUUCUCAAAACGCCAGUGGUUAAUCAGUUAGUUAGUGGUUGAUUGUUAGACCAGUGGUGUUGUAUGAAUUAGAGCCUCCCAAGUAAAAAUUUUUAUUAUUAAUAUGCGGUUCCGGUUGUGCGAAGGCCUUUUGAUACAAACUAUUUUUAUACUGCUUUCGAAAGUGCAUGUGACUCAAAACGCCAGAGGACACAAACUUUCAUUGCAGCUCCAGCGUGUCGAGUGUCGAAUUUACGACGAGAGUUCAAUAAAAUCACUGAAUUGCUCCUUGAGAAGAGACAACAUAACCAAAGAAAUGGUGUUGGACGCCGACCUCACACUGGCCCAGCAAAUCAACAAUGUCAAGUGCAAAAAUACAAUUGUGUUCGAACGUAAUGGCGUCACCCACAAAUUUCACGAGCUUGAAGUGGACAUCUGUCAGGCGUUGAGUCAACGUUUCGAUUUUUAUCUCUUUCGCCUAAUCCUCGAUGAGGUACAUAGAGUGACGAAUUUACCGCUACAAUGUCCACUGGAAAAAGACUUUCAGUACUAUCUGCGUAGCUUUACGCUCAACUCCAAAGACUUUCCACAAUUUUUACCCAAUAUGAAAUGGUCCUGUUACAAUAAUUUUAGCACUGGCAAAAGGUUAGGAAUGACGUUUGAUGUUUUUGGUUCGUUGACACGCAUAAAAGGGUAGCUGUAAAUGAAUUCCGUAUAUAAUAGUAGAAAUUUGACUUAGAAUUGAAUUGGCCAAAAUAAAAUGGUUGAAAAAUAUACAUACAUACAUAUGAAGUGUUUCAAUAUGUAGAAGUAUUUGUUUUCAAAUUCCGAUCACUUUGAUUUGAAUGCUAGAAAAUUCUACGGACUGCUGCAGAUGCAACCCGCAUGAAAUAUUUUUAAUACCGAUUGAGGUAUUAUUGGUGGUGAAAAUGUUAUGCGCUUUAUUAAAGCGCAGCGGAUUAGAUGGAUUGGCCACAUCGUAAGAAUGCCCAACGAAGGAAUCCAAAAAAGGGUGUCUAAUUUGCGUCCAAUUGGAGGAAGAAAGAGAGGCCGACCAAGAAAGAGAUGGCUUAGUGAUGUAGAAGCAGACUUAAAAGCGAUGAACGUUCGUAAUUGGAGAAAUGAGGCAAGAGACUGAAUUGGAGGAGGAUUGUUGAUGAAGCUAUA